AGGGGUAGGGUCAGGUGUAGGGCAAUAGCAUCCCGUUUCCACCACAUAGAAACCAUUGCGCUCCCGGAGGGUCCCCGUGAAGCACAAAUAGAAACGCGCGCGCGUGUCUCUGGGUGUGUUUUGAGGCGAGAACUCCGCAAACCACUUGUUGCUGAAGUUGCCCGUCUCAGUUUCGAGGAGCCCUUUCCUUCUCCAGAUGCGGAGCACGAGCCCUCCCGAUGUCUGACGAAGGCGAGGGGCUCCGUGCCUCCUCUUCCUCCCCCUCCCCGCCCUCCUCCUCCUCCACCACCACCUCUCCCGCUCCCGCCGGUCAGACUCGUCUCCCUCAGCCGCCGAGACCCCUGAAGCGGCGGGCAUCCGCGCCACUUCCACGCACCGACUCGCGAUCCAGAGACGCGUUUCCCCGCGAUCCGCCGGACCUGCUCGGGCGCUCGCCGGCGCUUCUGGGGCGAUGCUGCGCCGCGUCUCCGGUCACAGACGGUCUCCAAAACCGCGGACAGCGGCGGCGCUCUCCACACGGAGCCGAUCAUGAGACACGUAGCCCGGAGGAGUUGAUCCAGACCCCGCACAGCUGCGCUCCACCGGACACGUCAGAGGUCAUGCAUCGCAGGCACACCACCCUGCGAGAGAAGGGCCGUCGGCAGGCUAUCCGAGGCCCUGCCUAUAUGUUCAACGAGCGCGGCACCAGCCUCACGGCAGAGGAGGAGCGAUUCCUUGAUGCAGCAGAGUACGGCAACAUUCCCGUCGUCCGCAAAAUGCUGGAAGAGUCCAAAACGCUCAACUUCAACUGCGUGGACUACAUGGGGCAAAACGCACUGCAGUUAGCAGUGGGCAACGAGCACCUGGAGGUCACAGAGCUCUUGCUGAAGAAAGACGGGAUGGCACGUGUUGGCGACGCUCUUCUUUUGGCGAUCAGCAAAGGCUACGUGCGAAUCGUGGAGGCCAUUUUGGCUCAUCCGGCUUUCGCGGGUGGUUUAAGACUGACUUUGAGUCCGCUGGAGCAGGAACUGAGGGACGACGACUUCUACGCCUACGACGAGGACGGGACUCGGUUUUCGCACGAUGUGACGCCGGUGAUUCUGGCCUCGCACUGUCAGGAGUACGAGAUCGUACACAUCCUGCUGAUGAAGGGCGCCAGGAUCGAGCGGCCGCAUGACUACUUCUGCAAGUGCUGCGAGUGCAUGGAGAAACAGAGACGUGACUCGUUCAGUCACUCCAGAUCGCGCAUGAAUGCGUACAAAGGGCUCGCUAGCGCCGCCUACCUGUCACUGUCCAGUGAAGAUCCUGUACUGACCGCACUAGAGCUGAGCAAUGAACUUGCACGACUCGCCAACAUAGAGACCGAGUUUAAGAACGACUACAGGAAGUUGUCUAUGCAGUGUAAGGAUUUUGUGGUGGGUGUUCUGGAUCUCUGUCGCGACACGGAGGAAGUAGAAGCCAUUCUGAACGGUGACGUGGACCAGAACCCGCCCACAGAACACCAGAGACCCUGUCUGAGCCGCGUCAAACUCGCCAUCAAAUAUGAAGUUAAAAAGUUUGUGGCUCAUCCGAACUGCCAGCAGCAGCUGCUGACGAUCUGGUAUGAGAAUCUGUCGGGUUUGAGGCAGCAGUCCAUCGGGGUGAAGUGUUUGACGGUUCUGGGCGUCACUGUCGGCUUGCCUUUCCUCGCCAUCGCCUACUGGAUCGUGCCCUGCAGCAAGUUGGGUCAGAUAUUACGGAGUCCCUUCAUGAAGUUUGUAGCUCACGCCGUGUCAUUCACCAUCUUCCUGGGUCUGCUGGUUCUGAACGCGUCGGACCGGUUCGAAGGUGUGAAGAACCUCCCGAACGAGACAAUAACGGAUCAUCCACGGCAGGUGUUUCGCGUCAAGACCACGCAGUUCUCCUGGACCGAGCUCCUCAUCAUGAAAUGGGUUCUGGGCAUGAUCUGGUCGGAGUGUAAGGAGAUCUGGGUCGACGGGCCGCGGGAGUACGUCAUGCACCUGUGGAACGUUCUGGACUUCGGGAUGCUGUCGAUCUUCGUGGCCUCCUUCACGGCUCGUUUCAUGGCGUUUCUCAAGGCGUCCAAAGCUCAGCUCUACGUCGACCUGCACGUCCCCAACCACGACAUCAGCAACGCAUCACUUCCUGCGGAUAUCGCCUACUUCACGUACGCGAGGAACAGGUGGAGGCCGUCAGAUCCUCAGAUCAUCUCCGAGGGUCUGUACGCCAUCGCCGUGGUCCUGAGCUUCUCUCGCAUCGCCUACAUCCUCCCGGCCAAUGAGAGCUUCGGCCCGCUGCAGAUCUCUCUGGGACGAACCGUGAAGGACAUCUUCAAGUUCAUGGUCAUCUUCAUCAUGGUCUUUGUGGCCUUUAUGAUCGGCAUGUUCAACCUGUACUCCUAUUACCUGGGGGCCAAAUAUAACCCCGCCUUCACCACGGUCGAGGAGAGCUUUAAGACUCUGUUCUGGUCCAUAUUCGGUCUGUCAGAGGUGAUUUCUGUGGUUCUGAAGUACGAUCAUAAGUUCAUCGAGAACAUCGGUUACGUUUUGUACGGGGUUUAUAACGUCACCAUGGUGGUGGUUCUUCUCAACAUGUUAAUCGCAAUGAUCAACAGCUCCUACCAGGAAAUUGAGGAAGACGCUGACGUGGAGUGGAAGUUUGCUCGAGCUAAACUCUGGUUGUCAUAUUUCGAUGAAGGACGGACACUACCUGCCCCGUUUAACCUGGUGCCCACCCCUAAAUCCUUCUACUACUUGAUCAUCCGGGUCAAGUCCUGCCUUAUACGACUGUGUAAGGGCAAAGGUCAUCGGCGUGAGAACGAGCUGGAGAUGGGAAUGCUCAAUUCACGCCUGAAGGCUGAACGUCAUCGAGGAAAUCUCAGGAGCCGAGAGGAGAACACUGUCAAGAAACCCAUCAAAAACCCCACAAGAUAUCAGAAGAUAAUGAAGCGCUUGAUUAAGCGCUAUGUUUUGAAGGCCCAGGUCGACAGAGAGAAUGAUGAAGUCAAUGAAGGUGAACUGAAGGAAAUAAAGCAGGACAUCUCCAGUCUGCGCUACGAACUUCUGGAAGAGAAAUCUCAGGCCACUGGAGAACUGGCUGACCUCAUUCAACAACUCAGCGACAAGUUCGGCAGGAACGCCAAGAAACAACCUUGAGACAGACAGACAGACAGACAGACAGAUGGAGAGAGCGAUACGAUAGUUUAGGAGCAGUAUCUGGUCACUUAAGACACUUAAAAAUGUCUGAAUGUCAUUCAUUAGAUAAAAAAUGCAUACAAAAGUGGAUGAGAUUAUCUGACAGCUGUGUGCAUUUGAAGCUUUGAAGAGUAGGUCGUUUUUUCAGUAAAAAUCAAUCGAAAAUGUUUUACUUACUCUCGGUUUGGAGACGCAAAGUCUGAAUUGAGAGAUAUAAACUAGCAAUUGCGAUAUUUGCACAAUUGCGAGAAAUAAACCACACAUUCUGAUAAUAAAAGAGCAAACUGUGACAUGUGAACAAGCAGUUAUGAGGAGAAACGGCCGAAUUGUGAGAUUGGGAGUAAUUGUGAAACAAAUUAAGAGUCUGAAUUAAGAGAUUUGCGCAGCUGCAAGAUAUAAACUACCAUUUCUGAGAAGAAGUGUCUUAAUUGUGAGGUUUAAACUAGCGACUGGGAAAGAAAAGAUAUUUCCCCAAUUGUGGGAUGUACAUGUAAACGGCCUAUUCUGAGACGAAACGUCCAAAAUAUAAACUAGCAAUUGCAAACAAGUCUGAAUGAUGGUAAUUUCCCUAAUUGCGAGAUGUAAACCUCCUAUUCUGAGAAUAAAAGAGCAGGCUGUGAGAUAAAAGCCCCGAAAAGAAACGUCAAAAUUCUGAUUUACGAGAAAAAAAUCUGAAAAACGGGAUUUGCGCAAUUGCGAGAAAUAAACCACCUAUUCUGAGAUUAAAACAGCAAGUUGUGAGACAUAAACAAGCAGUUAUGAAAAGAAACGUCCGAAUUGUAAGACGUAAACUAAGUAAUUGUGAAAAAAGAUGAGCGGAAUUGCGAGAUACAGAUACACACUUCAUCUAAUGAAUCACAUUCAGACAUAUUUAAUGCUAGUUAAUAUGGAAUGUUGUUGCAUUAAAGCGAAAAAAGAGUAGUGACUUUUUCUGAUAAUAUAGCAUCAGUUCCCCACACCGAUUCAAUUCCAUCAGUCCAAUCAAAAUGAUUUAUCUCGGAGCUGGUUGGUUUGAUUCAACUCUUUGUGGAGGAAAUGAGCGAACGGGACUGUGAUCCAUGAAUGAUGAACUGAUGUGAAUUCACUCAGAUACUGAACAUCUUCCAGAAGAGAGAGUGAGAGAUGAGAGAAACUGAGAGGAGAGACAGACAGACUAAACGAGGGUAAAAGGCUCACAGCAGGUAUGCAGUGCAUUCUGGGAUAUCGCCUCCCUUAAGAGUCAUUUCCUGUCGUGAGAUCGUAUCUCGCGGGAGAGAAACAGAGAAAAGGAAAAUAGUAGAUGAAACACUGUGAUGUUGACGGUUGUGAUAUGAUUUAAUUAGAAAAUAUUCGAAACAUUUAAUUAUGAGUCAGAUGAGCAGUAAUAGUGAGAAGAUGCGUAAACAGCUUUUUUUCCUCCUCACACCGUACAGGCCGUCUAAUUAACACAAGAACACAUGCACAAACACACGGGUGAAUCUCACACACACACACACACACACACACACACAAACUACUUCACCCAAAGAUCAAAAGAAAAAAAAAAGAGUAAUAAUAUUUUGCACUAAUGAGCUUAUUUUUAGAAACUUUGUGGAAAGCACAUUUCCCUUUAAAUUAUCAUUACUGUAUUAUUUUAAUUUGUAUUAUGUAUAUUUUUUUAUUAUUAUUUUUAUUUUAUUUAACAUACUUUACUUUUGAAAGUACAAAAUAUAAUUUCAUUUUU